UUCUCCUCAGUUAAGUCUGCGGAUUCAUGCGAUGCAGUUGUGAUUAAGUGAUCGUCUCGCUGUCUGUAUAUAAUUACAACAAAUUUACAACGUGCUUAUCUUUCUUUAAUAUGAAAAUAUCAUAAAUAUCAUCAAUUAACCUUUAAAUAUAUCAUUAACUUUUUUAUGGAACAAUAGCUUUGUUGAAACAACUCGUUUUGAAACCGCCUCAUUUCUUUGUUUAAAAUUAAAAUUAAGCGAUUUUAUUUUUAUUUUUAAAUAACUCAAACCAGGAUAUCAAAACGGAUCAAAGUUUUUUCUUUAAUUUUGAUAAAACUAUUUCGAAUCAGCUAUAAUUUGUUGACCUUUGUGUCAAGUUCGUUUGUAUGGAAUUCAUGAUUACAACUUUAAUGAUUAGAAAUCACCACGUGCGAUUAUUUUGAAAAUCCUGAAAUAAUAUAACAAAAAUGGAUAAAACAUUGAAAGUACCAGAAAUAAAAAUCGAUCACUGUAAUCAACCAAAAAGGAGAAGAUACAGAGUUACAGAUCCUGAUUUUAUAGCCCCGGAUGGGGGAUGGGGUUGGUUAAUUCUUUUAGCUUGUGGAUUUAGUAAUUUGAGUACUUUUCCUAUGUUACAACAAUUUGGGUUAAUAUUCAGGGAAAAAUUCCAAAGAUUAGAUUUUACUAAUCCUGAAACGACCACGAUUAUUAAUUUAAACUCAGCAGCUACAGCAUGUAUCGGACUUCUAAAUGGACCAGUUUUUAGAAAAUACUCCUACAGACAAUAUGCAUUUUUUGGUUCAAUUUUAAUAUCAAUCUCGCUAGUUUUAACAUGUUUUGCAAACACAGUUUGGAUGUAUUUACUUUUGUACUCGAUAAUUUAUGGUGCUGGAUUAGGAAUUACGCAAUCAUCAAACGCCUUAGCCUUAAACACGUAUUUCCGGAGAAAAAGGCGAAUUGCUACAGGGUUAUCAUGGACAACAACAGCGGUUGGCCCCAUCGUUUGUCCAUACAUCAUCAAUUAUUUAAUGGGUUUUUAUGGAAUGGAAGGAACGUUGGGAAUUUUCGCAGGAUUUUCCAUGCAUGCAAUAGCUUGUGCUUUAUUAUUACAACCCGUUCAUUGGCACACAACGUUUAGAGAAGAAGGGCAAAAAUUAACCGAAGGCGAAUCAGGAUUCUUCGACGGAAAACAUAAAAAAUCAAAAUCACUUUUAAGCAGCCAAUACUUCGACAACGACGACGAAAGAUUUUCCUGCGGUUUUGAUAUGGUUGAUCCAGGAACCCCAAUGUUAAUCUACGCAAACGAUGGUUGGUACUCGAGAAAAUCUUCUUUACGCGGUUCAAGGAUGUCUUUAGCAUCGAGCAGAGGAAGAUCUCGUUUGGCAUCCGGACAAACAUCCGUUGCAAUGUCGAAAAAAUCUUCGUAUACAAAUUUAACAGAAAUUAAAAAGAAAAAACCCGGUGGGCCAAUCAUUCAAGAACACGACGCAGAAGAUUGCCCAACUGAAAAAGCACCACAAGAUCUAAAAGAAGAAGAAAAAAAAUUGUUGUUGAACGAAAACGUUGAAAAAAGUAAAAACGGAAAAAACGAUCUCUACCCCAAUGAAAAAGUCGUUUUAAAAACGGCGGCUCAAAAAUUGGAACGUUACAAAGAGUUCAAAGAUAUCCAAGCCAAAGAACGACAAAGAAAAGAGGAUUUACGUAAACUUAAAGAGGUACAAGAACAAACUUCUAAAGAGGAAGGAGAUGAGAAAAAUUAUACAUUUUUGCAAAAACUUUCUAUGUUCUUCGAUUUGAAUCUCUUUAAAGAUUACGUCUACGUUAAUCUUAUGUUAGGAAUAACCAUAGCUAAUUUCGUCGAGUUAAAUUUUUCAAUUUUAACACCAUUCGUACUUAAAGAAUUCCACUUCGAAAAUUAUCAAAUCGCCACUUUCAUGUCUUUAUUAGGCGCUAGUGACAUUGUUGUAAGAUUUAUCGUACCGUUAUUAGCCGACAGAAUUGGAUGGGAAAAUAAAUCAUUUUUUCUUUUUGGCGUUCUUUGCAUGGCAUUUGGAAGGAUAAUUCUUGUUCAUACUCAAACUUAUCAAUGGUCAAUAUUAGUAGCUGUUAUAAUAGGUUUUGGAAAGGGGUUAAGAACCGUUUUUAUGGCUUUAGUUAUUCCAAGUCAUGUGCCAUUAGAAAAGUUACCAGCAGCUUCUGGUCUUCAAUUAGCAACGAGUGGACUUUUAUUUCUUGUAAUGGGACCAGUUAUAGGUUGGAUAAGAGAUUCAGUAAAUAAUUACGUUGUAACAUUACAUUUAUUAAACAUUUUAACAUAUGCAACAGCAGUUGCUUGGCUGGGAGAAAAGUUUUUAAGAAAUAUUAGAAAAUGUUUGGUUUUUUUAAAUAACAUGACGGUUUUAACGAAAAAAGUACCUCCUGAUGGUGGAUAUGGUUGGGCAAUUGUAACAGCUUAUGCACUUCAUCAUUUAAUGAUUAUUCCAAUACUUCAAGGUUUCGGUUUAAUUUAUCGAGAUAAAUUCGAGGAAUUACAUUUUACAGCAACCGAAAUCGGAUUAAUAUUAAACACAUGCGGGGCUUUUUCAAUGUUGUGCGGAAUCAUAGCUGGUCCUUUAAUAAAAAGUUUUGGGUUUCGGAAAGUGGCAGUUUUCGGAGCUUUUUCUCUCACAUCAGGAAUUCUUUUAACGGGUUUUGCAAAUACUUUUAUCCAAUUUAUGGUCACUUAUGGUUUUAUAACUGCUUUCGGAAUGGGAUUAGGUUUAGCAGCUUAUCCGGUGGCUUUAAAUAAUUAUUUUGUUAAAAAUAGAAGCAAAGCUGCUGGUUAUACUAUGACAAUAGCAGGGUUGGGGCCAAUUUUUAUGCCUCAAGUUAUAAGUUUUUUAUUAUCUUCUUAUGGAGUAACCGGGACUAUGAUUAUAAUAGGGGGGAUAAAUGCUCACACAUUUGUUAGUAGUUGUUUAUUACAACCAGUUCGUAAACACUUAAAAGAAAUAACCGAAGAACCCAAAGAAGAAAAUAAACAAAUUAACACCGAAGACAGCGAAGAUGAUGAUAAUCCAGAAAAUGUUAAAAGAUUAGAAAUUUUAGAAGAAUCAAGAUUUGAAAUUGGAACACCAAGGAGAAAAAUAUCUAGGGAAUUAUCAAAAGAUAUCGAGAUAGAAGCCAUGUUUAAUUUAGAUUCAGCAUUUUCUCAAAGUCUAAAAUCAAUCGCUGAAUCCUAUCAAAGACAAGCAUCGUUAACUUUAUCAGAAAAAUCUGAUAUUCCCGAUAUUAAAAUAAAAUUAUACGAUGCCGAUGGAAACAUGGUCGAAGAAAUCGAACCUUUAAAAGAACAAAAUCAAAAAGUAAUAAAAGAAGAGAAAGAUAAAUCGAUUUUUUGGAAAAUCGGACGGACUAUUAUAGAUACUUUCGAUUUAUCAUUAUUAACAGAUCCAGUUUAUGUUAAUAUCAUGAUUGGGAUGUCUUUAGCAAUUUUUGCGGAGAUCAAUUUCUCAAUGCUCACUCCGUUUAUAAUUGGCGAUUACAAUUUAUCAACGCAAGAAAUCGCUACUUUUAUGUCUGUAGUUUCUUGUACUGACAUAUGUUUUCGAUUUUUAGCACCGUAUAUUGGUGAAUGUUUAAGUCAAUCGCAUCGAAUACAAUAUUUAUUAUCGUUAUUUUUAUUGGUUGUAUCCAGAUUUGCUUUAUUAGCUACAACAAAUUAUUAUCCACUACUAAUUGUAGCGGCCGGUUUAGGAAUUGCACGUGGUUUUAGAACCGUUUAUUCAACUUUAGUAAUUCCAAGUUACGUUCCCAUCGAAAGAUUAGCUCCUGCGAUGGGAAUGCAAAUGGCAAUGAACGGAAUUUUUAUUUGGAUAGGUGGACCACUUAUAGGUUUAAUUCGGGAUAUAACCGGAAGUUACAUAAAAUGCAUCUACGUCAUAAAUUUAAUGACGUUUACAGCUUUCGUUAUGUGGAGCAUUGAACUUUUAUACAUGCGAUACAAAAAGCAAACGUGAUAAAAAAAAUUUAUUAUAAUUAUUAUUUAUUACAAUAAUAAAUAAAUUCUAUUUUUAAACGUG